UGUUAUAUCUUCUUUCUAUUGUAAAAAAUCACGUGACCAAAAAAUUGCCCCCAUACAGUUACAGCCAAGCUGAAAAGACCUAGAAUCCCAUUGUCCUCUUCGGAAUUUUCCCUUAGUAGUGGUGAAGAAUAUACAGGAAAGAAAGAGAAGAGAGAGAGAGAGAAAGAAAGAGAAGAGAUAUAUACUACUGCAUACGUAUAAGCGCGUCAUUUUGCUUCCCGCUGCAGAAGAGUGUGGUGUGUUCGAUCCGGAAUUGUUCUAGCUAAAUUUGCAUUUCUCGUUCCAAAUAACUCGAUUUUCAUAAAAGUGAAGAAGAGCUUGGACAUGAAUACAAAUAAUCAAGUGGAUGCAGGAUCCAGCAUGGAAAACAAAGCCAGUACUGACGCAAAAGAAGUCGAGAACCUAUGUCUUACACCUAUAGAAUACAAAGCUGCCUUUUUAAAAAUGGUAUAGUACGAGGUAUUACAUACCAAGUAAAAAUGUUAAUAUGCACCGCAUGGAAGAUGAUGACCAAGAAGGAUGCGAAUGAAUGGUGGUUGGGUACGGAGGUGUUGAAGACCUGGGGAUUUCACGAUCUAGUUUUGAAGUAUAAUAACGUAGACAAGGACGGACAAAUUUCCAAUCAAAAAUGUCUGUAUCGUUUCGUGCAAAUCAAGCACAUGUCGUGUUUAACCGGAGGUCUCAAGAUCUCCAUUAGCAAUCUACUGUCCACAAACAUAUUGUAUCGUCAGUACAGUCUUCUCUACUUGUUUAAAUCUUAUAUAAGUAUGUUAGACAACUUUGAGAUGAUAACGGCGGACCAGAUCGUGGACUUGAUGGUUUUCACGAACAGGGACAUCAAUGCAAUCUCAUUCUUAGUGCCUCUAGACAAGGACGAGAUCUUCGGUUUCGAAGGAAAGGGCAAACGAUAUCGCUUCGAUUUGGACAUGCUGCGAAAUGAAGCGAAAUUUAAGGUGAUACUAGACCGUCUGCGAGGAAUUUCAUCCAACGAAACGCAUUUAUGGAACUUCUUGAGUAAGCUGGUAUUCAUGGUGGAUCAACCCUCCGAACCUGAAUUGGAGAAGUUUAUUGUCGAGGAUAUGGGCAAAGUUUUCUGCAAUCCGCAGCUCUUUUACAAUGAUCUGUACAAAAACAUAUUCGAAUGGUUUCUCGUUCUCGAGAACAACACUGCGCCAUAUCUCACCAAAAAUUGCGUGACGGAACAUCUCAAGAAGUUUGAUGAUAUGCUGUCGGCUGAAAAAAGAACGGAUACAUGUUUUAUUGCUCCUAUACUCUCUUUCGCGAAUUUGACGGUAACAAACUAAAAUUGCGUUAUCUAGGCCCGUUUCUACCAACGUCGAUUAAAUUAAACCUUCGAUUAAAUUAUAUAUUUGUCUCUUUUGAAAUAAGUUCUUAAAAAGAGACAAAGAUAUAGUUUAACCGGAGGUUUAAUUUAAUCGACGUUGGUAGAAACGGGCCCUAUAUAAAAAUUAUAACGCUCUUCGUAUUCUUUAUGUACGUAUAUAUGAUA